AUGGCCCUGCCAGGCAUCCCCAGUGCCAUGACUCCAGCCUAUGCCCCGUGCUCAGAUGCAGAUCUUAUCUCCUCUGUCAGCUUGGUGGUCACGGUGAAAGACACCUGCGGACAAGCCUACGAGCACCUCGCGCACCUAGCCAGCAUGUUUCCCAGGGACAUGCCGGUCUUCUACGCCUACCCGGCCAUCCGUGGCUGCCGCCACGUGGAUGCGGAGGCCGCGGGCGCGAAGCUCUUCUCCAACUUCACCACGGUGGCUGUGGGCCGAAGUGAGGCACCCAUCGCGGGAUUCCUGAAGGUGCAGCCACUGCUGAGGACGAAGUACGCCGUGCUCAUGCACAACGACGCCUACCCAAUGGAGCGGGACUUCGCCUGCGAGCUCUUCCGGGCGCUCGAGGCGCACCCCGACUACCCCAUCGCCGCGCCGCAGAUCUACGAGGCCGCCGGUGACAAGAUCAUUGUCCCGCACGGGCACCACCAGAACCUGCACGUGCGGCCCUCCACCAGCAGCGUCAGCGGCUACCGCAUCGACUUCGACCUCAGCCUCAAUCUCCUCACGCAGCGGGAGCCCGAGGACUUCAAGGAGGGCCCGCAGGUCGACUUCCUGGAGGACCACGCCUUCUUCGCGCGCGCGGACCGCUACCACGAGCUGCUGGAUGCCUCGGGGUCGUUCACCCUGGAGUACUACGACAUGAUCCUGAACAUGAGGUCCCGUGACACUGCCGUCUGGUAUGUGCCCACGGCGCGCUGCAUCUUUGACGUCGAUACGAACAAGAUUACCUGGGAGGAUCUCCCCUACCUGGUCUACAAGAGGAGCGAGCAGAUCGGACAUCAGGUGCGAACUUACUUGACCAAGAAGUGGGGCGUGGAGUUUGUGAACACGGGAAUCUGGAACUACGUGCGCUACGUGAUGCUGGCGGACGUGGUGAUCUCGAAGGAGGAUCUCCCCACGGACUGGGAAGACCAAGCCGCGGUCUUCUACAGCUGGUUCGAAUCCGUGGGCUUCAACCGCUUCAACGGCCAAUACCUCCCAGACUUUGUGGAGGAUCCUACGGAGGGCCGCGUCAACAUCUCCCGGACCAUGCGGCAGACGCUGCCCACGGAGGUCUCCGCGCAGCGGAAGCCGCCAAAGAGUGCCCUGGAGCUUCUUCCGAAGCUCUCUCGGAAGAAGGUCGGCGCCAUCGAUAUCUCCUUCAAGGAGCCUCACCUGUCAGUGGGCGUGAGGCAGACCCAGUGCGAUGCAAGGGAUCCUUCCAGCUACAGGGAGUGUGGUAUGGCGGUGGAGGAUGGCAAUGAGUGUACUUGCUUCACUUAUGUGGUUCCCUUCAACCUCAAGACCACACUCUACUUGGACAAGCUCAUGGCCUGGAUGAAGCUUCCAGCAAGAGCGUUCAUGUACGGCCAGAUGAAGUACUGGUCCGUCCCCAUUGAAACAGACAAGGUUUCUUUCUACUGCGAGCAGACGCAGGAGGACUGCCAGUACCAGGUUUCCUUCUCGAAGAAUGCUACGGUUCUUCAGUGGUCCUGGUUUGGCGUUCGCGACAAGGAGGCCUUCACCCCCGAAGGCGUCGCUAUCGGCGCUGGGCUGGGCCUGGCGAUCUUGGUGCCCGUCCUGCUAUCGCAGUUUGGGCCCCGGCGGAUCCCAGAGGUUCAGUUGAAGGGGGGGCCAAAAGCAACGAAAGUGAUGUGA